GACUUCAAGGUAAUUCCUGCUGUGGUGGAUGGAGUGUUCCUACCCAGGCAUCCUCAAGAGUUAUUGGCUUCUGUGGAUUUUCACCCUGUCCCCAGCAUCAUUGGUGUCAACAAUGAUGAGUAUGGUUGGGACCUUCCCAUGUACUUGGGCUCUGCUCAGACAAUAAUGGAAAUAACCAGAGAGAACCUGAAUGCUGUUCUGAAGAAUACAACAGCACAAAUGAUGCUGCCUCCUGAGUGCAGUGACUUGCUAAUGGAUGAGUACAUGGGAGACACUGAGGACCCCCAGACCCUCCAAAUUCAGUAUACAGAGAUGAUGGGGGACUUCCUGUUUGUGAUCCCUGCACUCCAAGUAGCACAUUUUCAGCGUCCCCAUGCUCCUGUCUAUUUCUAUGAGUUCAAACAUCAAUCCAGCUUUCUCAAGAAUACCAGGCCACACUAUGUGAAGGCUGACCAUGGGGAUGAAGUUCCUUUUGUCUUUGGAUCCUGGCGCUUUGGCAUGGAACUUAACUUCACUGAGGAGGACGAGCUGCUGAACAGGAGGAUGAUGAAGUACUGGGCCAACUUCGCACGAUAUGGGAACCCCAACAGCCAGGGUCUACCCUACUGGCCUAUGUUGGACCAUGAGGAGCAGUACCUACAGCUGGACAUCCAGCUUGCUGUGGGCCGAGCCCUGAAGGCCAGAAGGUUGCAGUUCUGGACCAAGACUCUGCCCCAAAAGAUCCAGGAGCUAAAGGGGGCUCAGGACAAGCAUGCACAGUAG